UCCCAGCCCCAUCUCGGCAGGCACUUCAGCGGCUGGGAACACUUGGGGAUUGGAGAAGCAGCCCCAGAAGGAUCUGUAUGGGCCAGGAGGGGACAGGCAGCGGCAGAGAUUCUCCGCCAAGGAUCCACUCCGGAGAGCAGCUUUAGCGCCUGAGCCGGAGGCUGGUUGGUCCCUGCAGAUCCCACAUCCCCCUUUGGCUGCCCACGUCCUAGCCGUCCUCAUGGGCUCCGACUCCCUGCUGGGUUACCCCAAGAUGAAGGUCUACAGAGAAAAAGAGGAUGUCACUCUGGACCCAGACACAGCUCACACCAGUCUGACCCUUUCCAAGGACCGGAGAAGUGUGACAGCCACAAACACAAGGCUGGCUCUGGCCAAUGACCCGGGGAGAUUUGACGUUUACUCCUGCGUGCUGGGCUCUGCUGGCUACAUAUCAGGGACGCAUUACUGGGACGUGGAGGUGGCCGGCACAGGGGGCUGGGCUCUGGGUGUCACCAGGGAGUCCGCCAGCAGGAAGGGAUGGUUCAAUUUCAGUCCCGAGCAAGGCACCUGGGCCAUCCAGCUCUCCGUGGGCCAGUACCGGGAAGUCACCGCAGAAUGGAGCCCGCUGGACCCGCCCCAGAGCCCCAGCAAGAUCAGAGUGUAUUUGGACUAUGAAGGAGGGGUCGUGUGCUUCUAUGAUGCAGACACCAUGGCCCCCAUCCACGCCUUCAGCUCCUCUUUCAAGGGGAAGAUCUACCCGUUCUUCUGGGUCUGGUCUGUAGGGACUUCCCUUAGACUCUGUCCCCCCACAACUCUCCAAUAACUGAGGGCACGGUCUCGAGGCUGCUGACUUUUCGAUGGACAUUGGAUAGUGUUUUGUCUCAGCCAGAGAUUGAAGUGUGAACUCCGUAACGCGUCUGGAUUUUAGCCUAUGCAGGGCCGGCUCCAGGCACCAGCCGACCAAGCAUGUGCUUGGGGCGGCACCUUAGAAGGGGCAGCCAAUGUUGGGGUGGUGGGGGGCACUCGCGGUGUUUUUGUUUUUUGUUCAGCGGGGCGGUGCUCGAGGGUUUUUUUUGUUUGUUUUGGCCGGGCAGCACGGGGAGUGUUUCGGUGGCGCGGCACUGGGGGGCGGGGGGGAUCUGGGCAGCCCAGCAUGGCACAGCGCACCGGGGGGUUGGGCGGCCCGUCCCGGCGCUCGGGGGGGGGAGCGGGGAUUUGGCUGGCCCGGCCCUCUGGGGGUUUGGGCGGCCCGGCCCGGCGCUCCGGGGGGUUGGGGGUUUGGGCAGCCCAGCCCGGCACUCGGGUAGGGGUUUCGGCGGCCC